AUGAGCAAGAGAGCAAGAGACUCUGUUUCCUAUCCUUCGUCGCGCGACAUCUCUCCUGCCCGCAGCGCUAGGAAGCAGCCCAAACUCGGGGAGAUAGCUGUGGACGAACGCCCACCAGUCGCGGGUGCAGGAGGCUCAAAGCCGAAGCGUCAGGGGCAAAGUGCGCCUAUUCCACCUAUGGAUGGCCUCGACGCCCACGCAGCGCGUGGGAUGGGCAGCGCCAGACGUCCCGGUCGUCAGCCGAGUCCCACCAGAGGCUGGAAAAAUUCUAGAGAUUUCGACAGAGACCAGCAGAUCCAGGACGACAGCAACCACAACAACGAGAGGGACCACCAGCACGACGAGUCUCACCGUCCUCAAAACCCGCGUCCAGAAACACCACGACGAGGUCCGAAUUCUCCAGCCGGCAAACUGAAUCCCUCAACUCGCUCGCAGUCGUACACAACCCCUCUCCCGUUAUUCGCCGCGGAAGCAUCCAGGGCGACCUCUGCCACUACUGCGCCGCUGACCGAGCAGAAUCUUCGGAGCCUACUGCGCUCCCUUAGAGCGGAGGAUUCCAGGCCUGGGACACGGGCUGCCGCUGCCACUGCCACUGCUGUGAAUAAGUCCGAAGCAGAGAUCGGUGCGGGAAGCCGUGCUAAGUUUGCUCCCGCUAUCAGUACGACAGGCUCAGGCCGUGCAGGACCUGCCCUUGCCUCAGCCCCACCUCAACCUGCAGGCACGACCAAUUACUCGCCAUCAAUGCCGAAGUCAAAAUCGCCCUCAAAAUCUCCCAAGAAGCAGGACAGGGAAAAGAAGAAAUCCAAGUACGAUUCCGACACCCACCCAUUGAAUCUCCCUCCCGAACAACUCCGCGCACACCUGGCACAGAUGGCCAGACAAGAGGCCGAGUCGGCCGGCAGGAUGUCAUUAGACAGAGACACAGACACAAAUCCCCAUGACGCUCCCGCACCCAACAGUGGCGCCGCCGGUGCAUCCCAGCCUGCGACCCCGUCAAGAGAGGCGCCUGGUGCUUUCCCGGAACAAUCCGGUGACGACGCCGUCGCGAACGGUGUCAACGGUCACCCUGAUGAACGCAGUCCAACCCCUCCUCCACACAGAGUCCCUCCGGCGCCCAAGGUCGAUCCCGAGGCAUGCAAGGCGGCAGGAAACAAAUUCUUCAAGGCGAAAGAUUACGAGCGGGCUAUUCAGGAAUACACAAAGGCGGUUGAGGCAGAGCCGUCGAAUCCCACCUACUUGUCGAACAGAGCGGCCGCCUACAUCUCCGCGAACAAAUACAACCUCGCACUGAAUGACUGCCUACAAGCCAGCCACAUAGAUCCCGGGAACGACAAAAUCCUGCACCGUCUUGCCCGGGUCUACACCUCGUUAGGCCGACCGCAAGAUGCUCUCGACACAUAUGCGAAGAUUCCGAACGCUUCGGCUACAGACACUGCGGCGGCGCGUAAGGCCUUACAAUGCAUCGAGAUGGCUCAGAAGCAGAUAGAUGCGGAAGAUGGAGACGGCAAGAUGGCACUUUGGAGCAUCGGCGAAGCCACGAAGACGCUAGGAGCCGGCACCCCGACACCGAGAAGAUGGCAGAUCCUAAAGGCCAAGGCGAAUCUGAAGGUCGGAACUGCCAAUGCACUGGGAGAGGUCACAGGGAUUGCGCAGUCCCUGAUGCGCGACAAUCCGCAAGACGCCGUAGCAAUCGUACUCGCUGGUCGGGCACUCUAUCUCAAGGACGAGAAACCUCGGCAAGGAAAGAGCGACUACGAACGAGCAGAAGAUCACUUCCGACAAGCCCUCGCAUUGGAUCCAGACAACUCCGAAGCUCGAAACUCAUUAAGAACUAUGAAGAAGCUAGAUCGAGCCCGCACAGCGGCCAACGACAUGUUCAAGCGUGGCAAGUACUCCGAUGCCGUGGCCGCCUACACCGAAGCCAUUACCAUCGACCCAACUAACAAAGUCACCAAUGCAAAACUCCUCGGCAACCGCGCCAUGGCCCGCAUCAAAAUCAAAGAAUACGAUGAAGCAGUAGCCGACUGUGAUCAAGCGCUGAAACUCGACCCGUCGUACAUGAAAGCGCGACGGACCCGUGCGAAAGCCACCGGUGAGAGCGGCGACUGGGAACAAGCGGUCAAAGAUUUGAAAGCGCUUGCUGAAGAAAACGCGUCAGACGCCGAACUCGCCAAGGAAUUACGAAAUGCGGAGCUCGAGCUCAAGAAAUCCAAGCGCAAGGAUUACUACAAGAUAUUGGGCAUCGAUAAAGACGCCGGGGACAAGGAUAUCGAGCGGGCGUACAAGAAGAAAGCGGCGGUGCUGCAUCCGGACAAGACCCAGGGGGAUAAGAAGAAGGAAGAGGAGUUUAAAGAUUGCUUGGAGGCGAAGGAGACAUUGCUUGAUCCGCAGAAGCGGCAGAUGUACGACUCGGGCGCCGAUCUAAUGGAGCCGGGCAUGGGAUUCCCUGGUGGUGGGAUGGGAGGGUUUCCUGGCGGGUUUGGUGGGAUGGGAGGCGGAUUCCCGGGCGGAGGCUUUGGAGGUGGUGGCGGUGUGCAGAUCGAUCCGGAAAUGUUGUUCAAUAUGAUGAAUGGAGGCGCUGGUGGUGGAGGAGGGGGCUUCAGAUUCAGCACUGGUGGAGGGAGGUCGCCUUUUGGUUGA